AUGGGCCUUUGCUCCACCCAGCAGCUGCUGGUGAAGCUGGCGUUACGCCCGACCCGCCUCCAUUUUGUCUCGUUUAAGCGAAACCCUUUCCCGGAAGAGAUAAUGCUGUUGGCUAAAGAUAAUCAGUCACCUUGCAGAUUUUCAUGCUCACCGACUUCUUUCAUGGAGCAGGAAGUGGAACUUGCUCUAUAUCAACUGCGACGUGAAGCUUGA